AUGAUAGACGCGCCGCCGCAAUCCGCAAGUCGCCCAGCGCGCCUCCGCAACCCUUCGCAUACGCAUAGCGCCGCACUUCCCACGCCUACAGCCUCGCAGAUGCCGACCCACGAAGUUCUCCCCGAUCCGUCCUUUUCACUCCUGCUGUCUCUGCCGAGAGAACUCCGCGAUCGCGUCUACACGUAUGCCCUGGUUUCAAACACGCCGUUCCUGUGGCCCGGAGGCGCGCCCGAAUCCGUUUAUAGCAAACAUCGCCAUGUCAGCGUGAACCUUCUUCGGACGAACAGGCAGGUUCAUGACGAGGCUGUCAACAUUUUGUAUGCACAGAACAAGUUUCUAUUCACACAUCCCAGCGACUGCAACAUCUUCCGCGUCGUCACGUCUCCCGCCUCCGCCAACAUCACGAGCGUGUACUUUCGCAUAAAGGACAGGGACCUACCACUGUGGACAGCGUAUAUGGGAAGCAAGAAGGAAGAGAGGAGUCUAAGAGGCGAUCUGCCCAAGUUGAAGAGUCUCUGGGUGUUCCUUAGGUUGGGAAUGUGCCCACACUUCAUGUCAGGCGUACUGGCUGGAUCGCAACAUGUACAUGUCAUGACCAACGCCGGCGUGCAAAUCGUCGGUGGCACAGGCGGCCAUGCGCAUACCCCUGCCAACGCGACCCAAAUCCCGCCUCCGCCUCCACCAGCUCCCGCGAUGCCGUUCCCGCAAUUCAUGCAGGGAGCGUUGGGGAUGGGUGGUCAUGCGCAACAACACCACCAAGCAAUGCCAGUACCGCACGCUCACGGCCAGCACAACCACCCACCGAAUCCCAGUCCAUUAGCGCAACACCUUCAGGCGCAGCAGAAUAAUCCCACCGUCCAAGUCAUACAUGCGCCCGCUCAAAACACCCCACCACCUACAACCCCCACAAACAGCACAGACCCCAACAGACUCUACUCCUCCAUGAUCCGCUCCAACCGCUUCAAAGUCGUCGAAUCACUGUGCCUCCAACUCCACGACGUCCUACACACCAAACCCCCUCCAUCCACGCUAUCCCCCGUAUCCUCCACUUCCUCCUCCCUCAAAGCAACGAAAACCGAUGCCCUCCCAUCACCUCCCAACACGGAGAUCAAGAUUGUGUGUAUUGCACGACCCGGGAAGAGGCAGAUCGAGCGGUUGCUUGCUACGUUUCCUGAUGAGUUGGAGGUUGAUCCGGUCACGCAGGAUGCGCGGACGAGGUUUAGGAAGAUGCAUGGGGUGGAUGUUAGUUGGGAGUUUAAUGGGUUGAGUGAUGUUGAGGCGGGGAGGGCGGGGGAGGUUAUGAUUCCGUGGGAUGGGGGGUGGUGA